AUGCUCCCGACUCGUCUGAGCACCGGUUUCACCGCCCUGGCAGCCCUUUUCGCAGCCGGCAGCGCAGUGGCAGCACCCAACACCACCACGCUCUCCCUCAAACCGUGGGAGAUCUCGACCCUAGUCACGCACUCGCCCUCAGGGUACCCAGGCGGCGCGCCGUACUCGACGCUGUUCGCGACCAUCUCAGACCCCAACAACAUCUUCCUAGGCAGCACGCAGUUCGGCGACGCCGUGUUCGCGCCGUCGAGCGUCAAUUGCACGGUGCGGUGGCUCGGGAUCGCGGGCGCCGACGACGACCCGCACGGCCGCGCCCACCAGUGCUCCGACAUGGGCCACGGGAAGUGGACCGUCGAGAUCCUGCCUGGCGUCGCGGGGGACCCCGCCGUGCGGUCGUCGCCCGACUCGGCCACGACCAACUUUGCGCUGCGCUUCACGUUGACCGAGGCCGUCACGCUCAUGACCGGGACCGACACGGUUACGCGGCCGGUGUUGGUCAACCAGACUUUGGUCGAGACACGGUGCUUGGCUGGGACCUGCAGCGAGUGGGUGAGGGGUGGCAGUUCAUGAGCAUCGGCUCUCAACCCGAAGCCGCCAGGCAGCAGGGUUUCCCAGAAGAUGGGUCGCCCCGACGGGCUGGACUAUCAGUCCGCCGUCCCACGGCUCGUCGCGGUCGAACGCUCCGGUUUUCAUUUCCGCAAUGUAAUGAAUGAGCUCACGGAGGCAUUCUAGGAUAAUAAUGGAAUUCAAGCU